AUGGAGAGCUUCCAGCUGAAGAACCUGAACCCUGCGCAGCUGUUUCAGCUGUUGUUCCUCACCGUGCUGGAGCUGGCAGAGCGCUUCCAGAUCAACCUGAGGGGGCGGCCGCGUGUUUUCAUGCGGGAAGAACCUGAUGAGGAAAACCCACCAGAAGCUGUCCAGCCACCACCGGUGCCAGCUCAUGGGCCAGUACGUGCUCGCAGAUGCCAGAGUGCCUGCCGCUUCUGCGUGCAAGGCUGCGACCGAACGAAGCCCUACCACAAGCAUCAUGCUUGCCAAGGACAUGCCCACCUGAGGCAAAGACUGCGACGCAUGUUGCAGGAAGAACAGCUGAACUGCCAGAGCGUUCUCUGUACUUGGUUGCUGUCAAUGUUUGCAUGGGGACACUUUAGCGUGCAACGAGUACAAAAGAUCAGUGCUUUGGUUAUGAAAGAUUUGAAGAGUGCUGAGACUUCUGAAACAAUCUGGAAUGACUUGGAGACAUUAUCCAAGUUAGGAACUGAAGGUCUGUACGCGAACAAGAUGCACACGGAGCUCAUGGGCAAAUGCAAAGGCUUGUCUAACCUACCG